CCACGCCAAUGGCCGCUGCUCGUUGCUAUGCAUCAGAGCCUGAAGCCUUUGUUUAGUUUGUUAAAUAAAUGUGCAGUUUAGCGCAGUUUUUAUCAGAUUUUAUUAUUAAUAGUGUUUUAUACUGAAUAUUUAUUGCAUAUCACUGCUUAUACUGAAGCGUCCUCGUUUGCAAACGUCUAAAAGUGACAUGCAUUUGUAAAGCAUCUUCCAUCCAAAGAGACCUCAUGGAGCCGACUAACGAUGUGGCACUGGACAUCAUCAUCACAAACGUGGUCUCCGUGUUCAGGACCAGGUGCCAUCUCAACCUGCGCACUAUCGGCCUAGAGGGGAACAAUGUCAUCUACAAACCAGAAAUGGGAAAAGUCUUAAUGAAGUUGCGUAAACCACGCAUCACUGCCUCCAUAUGGUCGUCAGGAAAAAUCAUUUGCACUGGAGCAACCAGCGAAGACGAGGCUAAACUGGGUGCCAGAAGGUUAGCCCGCUGUCUCCAGAAGAUUGGAUUCAAGGUGAAGUUUUCAGACUUUAAGGUUGUGAACGUCCUGGCUGUCUGUUCCAUGCCCUUUCAGAUCCGUCUCAUCGAGUUCACUAAGAACAACCGCCCCAUAGCCAGCUAUGAGCCUGAGCUCCAUCCUGCUGCUACAUACAGAAUCAAAAACCUCCGUUCUACAGUGCAGGUUUUCUCCACAGGCAGCAUCACCGUCACAGGACCAAACGUUCAGACUGUUGCCUCAGCUGUGGAGCAGAUUUACCCUCUACUGUUCGAGUGUCAGAAACCACGCGUGUAAAACACACAUCAGAUUUUAAAACGAAGCACCUUAUGAUUAAACGUGUCGCGACGCCGAGCUGUUCCCGUCAGCGUGAGUCUGAGCAGGACUGAGAAGUCCAAGCUGCCCUUUCAGCUCUGACCUCUGUAACCACCGUACAGCUCAGAAGAAGAUCAUCACCGUGUACUUCCUGAACAUUUUAUUCCUUGUUUUUAGUGCUUGGACGGCGUUGGAAGGUCGGACAUGAAAGAGCAAACAUACUGAGCAGGAUAUUACAUAACAUUUACCUACUGUGUGUUCUGUUGAACAGGAACACGGGUGUAUAAAUCAGUCUGCAGGUCCUGUGUGUAUGUGAUAUGUUUUCAUUUUGUAUUUUGCAAUAAAAAAAGAGAAUGAAAGAA